AUGGCUCUGUUUUGGCUUUUUAUUGUUUUGACGUUUGAAAGCUGUCAAUCAGAGGUGUCAGCACGCGGGAACAUUUACACUAACCACUGGGCUGUGAGGAUCACUGGAGGUCCGGAUCAGGCUGAGAAAGUCGCUGCAAAAUACGGAUAUGUCAACUUGGGACAGAUAGGAAGUCUGGACGACCAUUACCAUUUCCACCACAGCAGAGUGGUCCGCAGAGCUGCCUUCUCUUUAAAGGGCCCUCACAGCUUCAUCCAUUUGGACCCAAAGGUGCACUGGGCCGAGCAGCAGUUAGUCAAACCAAGAGUUAAAAGGCAAGUCCGAAGUGACACAAGCUUCAUGCAUUUCAAUGACCCUAAAUGGUCCAACAUGUGGUACAUUCACUGCGAUGAUAAGAGCAUCCGCUGUCGCUCAGAGAUGAACAUCCUGGCCGCCUGGCAGAGAGGCUACACGGGCAAGAACGUGGUGGUCACCAUAUUGGACGAUGGCAUCGAGAGGAACCACCCUGACCUAGCUCAGAAUUAUGACCAUUUAGCAAGCUAUAACGUCAAUGGGAACGACCAUGAUCCGACACCACGAUAUGACUCCGGAAAUGAAAACGUACAUGGAACUCGGUGUGCGGGUGAAGUUGCAGCAGCGGCCAAUAACUCCCACUGCAUUGUUGGGGUUGCCUACAACGCUCACAUUGGAGGGAUUCGGAUGCUGGAUGGUGAUGUGACUGACAUCGUGGAAGCCAAGUCCCUGGGAAUCCGACCGGACUACAUCGACAUCUACAGUGCCAGCUGGGGGCCAAAAGAUGAUGGAAAGACAGUUGAUGGCCCUGGGCUGCUAACUAAGAGAGCUUUUGAGCAAGGCAUCAAAAAGGGUCGCAAAGGCCUUGGAUCCAUUUUCGUCUGGGCAUCAGGUAACGGCGGUAGGCAAGGAGACCACUGUUCAUGUGACGGCUACACCAGCAGCAUCUACACAAUCUCCAUCUCCAGCACCACAGAGAAUGGAAAUAAGCCGUGGUACCUGGAGGUCUGCAGCUCCAUCAUGGCCACAACUUACAGCAGUGGGGAGUUUAAUGAGAGGAAGAUUGUAACCACUGACCUCCGACAUCGCUGCACUGACGCUCACACUGGCACCUCUGUCUCUGCUCCCAUUGUGGCCGGACUCAUAGCUCUCGCCCUGGAGGCCAACCUUUUGCUGACAUGGAGGGAUGUGCAGCAUCUUCUGGUGAAGACCUCCAGACCAGUCCACCUGAAAGCUGAUGACUGGAAAACCAAUGCUGCCGGACACAGAGUUAGCCACCUGUAUGGGUUUGGACUGGUGGAUGCAGAGGCCAUGGUGCUGGAGGCGAAGAAGUGGAGGACUGUUCCUCCUCAGCACACCUGCAGUCACGUGCCACAGCGACGCACCAGGCACAUCCACGCUGGCCAAAGCCGGAACAGCAGCCUUUCCACCACUGGAUGUUCAGAAGAACCUGAGCGACACGUGGGUUACCUGGAGCACGUGGUGGUCCGAGUCCUGAUUGCCCACCCAAGACGAGGAGACCUGGAGAUCAACCUCAUCUCUCCAUCUGGGACCAGAUCACAGCUACUGGCUAAGAGGUUGUUUGACAGUUCCAACGAGGGCUUCAGGAACUGGGAGUUCAUGACGGUUCAUUUCUGGGGUGAGAGGGCGGAGGGAACAUGGACUCUGGAGAUUAUCGACACACCGUCAAAGCUGCGCAACACUGAGGUGCUGGGCAACUUCAAACAAUGGACACUGAUCCUUUAUGGCACAUCUCAGAACCCGUACCAUCUCAGCAGUGCUCAGCACUCCCGUUCAAGGAUGUUAGAGAUCCCUGCCGAGGAGGAGAUCCUGGAACAUCCGGAGCAGGAGGAAGAGGAAGAGUACAAUGGUCCAUGCCACAGUGAGUGUGGAGACCAGGGCUGUGACGGACCAGAUGCUGUUCACUGUCUGAACUGUGUUCAUUUCAGCUCAGGGAGUUUGAAGAGCGGCAGAUCCUGUGUGAGCCACUGUCCUCUGGGACUCUACGGGGACGUGUCAUCUCAUCGCUGUAGACGCUGCUAUAAAGGCUGUGAGAGAUGUGUCAGCUCGUCACAGGGCGCCUGUCUCUCCUGUCGAAGAGGACUUUACCUCGACACCAUCAACUCCAGCUGCGUAGAGGGCUGCACCCCAGGAUACUAUCCUGAUGAGAAUCAGAGACAGUGUUUGAAGUGUAAUGACCCCUGUGUGAGAUGUCUGAGGUAUGCAGACAGAUGCACUGCCUGCAGAGAAGGCUACAGUCUAGCAGGGAUGACGUGUGUUCCUGAAUGCACCAAUGGGACCUUUUUCCAUCUGGAGGAGAUGUCGUGCAGCCCAUGCCACUCCUCCUGUAGGACUUGCACAGGGCCGGGUAAGGAGGAGUGUAUCCAGUGUGCAGAGGGAUUCCUGCAGCAGCAGUGGAGGUGUGUGCAGACCUGUUCACCUGGCUUCUACUCUGGAGAGGCAGCAGGACUCCCUCACAAGAUGUGUCACAGGUGUGAAGAAAACUGUGUGACAUGCAGUGGGCCUGGAACAACCUGCACCAAAUGCAAAGAGGGCUUCAGUCUGCUUAGCAAGACUUGUAUUGUGAAUGCAUCCUGUAAUAAUGCUGACGAGGUGUUCUGUGAGAUGGUGAGGUCCAACCGUCUCUGUGAGAAGAAGCUCUACCGUCAGUUCUGCUGCCGAACCUGUCUGAUGAAUGGAUGAGAUUCUGUUUCAUUUAUACUUUAGAGAUGUUUUUUUAAAGCAGUAUGUGAAAUGUACCCAAAUAUUCUGUGAUUAACACGAAGUAUACUGAACAUGUACAAAACUUCUUCAUAAAGAAUGUGUGUUUUUUUUA